CUCACAGCGGGGGCUCCCCUUGCCUGAUGGCAAAGCGGGGGGUGCAGCCGGAAAGCCGCAGAAGUCUUUGACGUGGAGAAGGCGCAGCGCCCUGGGUACCCACUGAGCACCCCGCAUCCCGGGAAACGUCCCGUCCAAGAAGCUUACUGACCCUCGCGAUGCAAGUAUGGACAUAAUAGCCUAUGAUGAUUACUCCAGUCCACCGCUUCAGAGAUAUUGAAAGGAUACCUGAAUACCUCCAGCCAGAAAAGUGUGUUCCACCUCCUAGCCGCGCUUCCCUGGGAACAAUGUGGUUUAUUCGAGAUGGCUGUGGUAUUGCAUGUGCUGUCGUUACCUGGAUGCUGGUGUUCUAUGCCGACUUUGUAGUCCUUCUUGUCAUGCUAGUUCCAUCGAGAGAUUAUGUUUAUAGUGUCAUCAAUGGCACACUGUUCAACACCUUGGCUUUCCUCGCUUUGGCUUCACAUUUUCGUGCUAUGCUGACAGAUCCAGGUGCUGUACCCAAAGGUAAUGCCACAAAAGAGUUCAUCGAGAGUUUACAGCUAAAGCCAGGACAGGUGGUUUACAAGUGCCCAAAGUGUUGUAGCAUCAAACCCGACAGAGCACAUCACUGCAGUGUUUGCAAGAGGUGCAUUCGGAAAAUGGACCAUCACUGCCCCUGGGUCAAUAACUGUGUAGGAGAGAAUAACCAGAAGUACUUUGUACUGUUUACAAUGUAUAUAGCACUGAUUUCCCUGCAUGCUCUAAUCAUGGUGGGAUUUCACUUCUUGUACUGCUUUGAAGAAGACUGGACAAAAUGUAGUUCCUUCUCUCCACCAACUACAGUGAUUCUACUCAUCCUCUUGUGUUUUGAGGCUCUCCUAUUUCUCAUCUUCACCUCAGUUAUGUUUGGGACCCAAGUACACUCCAUCUGCACUGAUGAAACGGGUAUCGAGCGACUUAAAAACCAGAAGCCAACCUGGGAGAAGAUCAGCGGCUGGGAAGGAAUGAAGCUGGCGUUUGGAGGUGCCUUCUCCCUGGGCUGGUUCAACCCCUUCUCAAACCUGAACUGCAAGAGCCCAGCGCCAGCUGAAGCAGUGGCAGCAGCUCCUGCAUCUGAAAUAAUGACCCAAGAAGAAAUCGAGCAGUUUCUGGCUCGAGAUGUUGCCAUCCAAAUGUCACAUGAAUAAGCAAAGCGUCCUUUUCCUGGAACACCUUUCAGGUGGUUUGGUUUUUUAUAUAUAUAUAAUUACUUGUGCUGGAGAUUUAAGGGUUGUUUUGUAACAUACUUUCUGGUACAUUAAAAAAUUCAGGAGUAUUGGUCUGGAACAGAUACUACAGCACUAGCAGAAGCAAUGCAAAUCUCCAGAGAGAGCUUCAUAAGUGAUGUGGUUCAUAAGCUCCUUUUCAGACCUGUGUCAAUGGCUUCAUUGAUCUUUUCUUACAUGGCCUUUAAGGACAUUUUAUAAUUGUAAGAUAGAUUGGCUCCAGUUCCCAGAAAUGUGCCAUCCUAGGGAGUCUGGUUAAUCAUUUGUUCUUAACAGCCCUUUGGAGGACUAAAUGUGUGAUGGCGAGAUUAGCCAGCUCUGAAGGUUUCCUGGAAAAAUGCAUCCUCCUUAGCCCAGCCCAUCCCAUCCCAUGGCUGCUGCUUCUGGGUUAUGAAUGCUGCUGGUGCCCUGGUCUUAGCAGAGGUGGGACACAGGGCUAUGGGUGCAGCAGAUGGGUGAGCUCACCCUGGGUGGGAUUCCUUUGGGCUCUGAAAUACCUCCAGGGGUUAAUUUUUGACCUCUGUGCUUGUGAGACCACCCAGGACUGGUGGUGCUUGUCAGAGGUGGUGGUGGGCUUGUGAGGGAGCAUUCACCCACGGCCAGUACAGCCAAGAAUGGGCAAAUGUUGGCUGGGAUGUCGAGCUGCUGGUGCUGGUGGGGGGAAGCUUUUCCCCAAGGAUGUGGUUCACGUGUAAGAUGUGUGGAGUGGGAGCUGCCUGGCUGAGCUCUGCAGCCCAGGAAGAAGGGAAGUGGUCUAGGCUGGGCACCAGGGCUGUUAGUGCAGUCAAAGACAGGGCAAUGUGAACACCCUGUGAUGGAAGCACUACCUCUCUCCAUUUGACUUGUCUAAUUUAGAGGUUUCUCUUCUUUUCUUGGUAGCUAGAGUUGAUAGAGAAUGAAUAUGCCUCCUAAUCUUACUGGGGUUUAACACUGUCCUACUAGUACGUACCAUCACGCCGGGUUUCCUUACACUAAUCUUGCAGCCAGCCCCUGGAGAGUGCUGGUGAACCUGUGGAAGGAACACCCAGCACUCCAAGAGGACAUCACUGCAGGAGGCAUGGUUGCAGCGAAGUCCUGCAGAGGUGUUGCCAGCUGCUGCAUUCAGAUGCGUUGCAAACACUUGGCAUCCUCCAGAUGUCAGGCUACCUUUAAUUUCGACUGUUCUUGAUUUGUGUUUUCUUUCUUCUUCUUCUGUCACAUCCCUUAGAAUUUAAUUGUCAUUAAAUUCUUAGAUAACUAGAAAUAUGCUACUGGUUUCCCCCCACAGAACAUGCUUGCUUUUAUCUCCCCCUCCCCCAUAACCUGAACCAAAGAUAACUGCUUCCUCUCAAAAAGAAGAGAAAGGAGUUUUUGGGAUGAAAGCAUGGUAUUGUGAAAGACCUAUAUGAAGUUUUUAUUAUUUAUAGGACUAAUAUCAAACGGAAUUUGUGCAAGAUUUUUUUUUUCUGUUUAUUUUUAACCCCUCAGCAUCUUUGCAAUAAUUAGGGCUACUGUUGAGGGAUGAGAUUCUCCCCUGGGCUUGUCCUCUGCCACAGAAGUCCCUUUUUCUGGCAAAGGUACUGCGAACAAAUAGAGUGCCUUGACUGUUAGGAGGACAGCUUCACCAAAAUCCAGGGGGUAUUUCUGAAUAGUUAUCCAAUCCCCUGUUCCCUCUGGAUGUCUCUUCUCUAUGUCAGUGAAAAGAAGAUCUAGAAAACAUCAUUAGGAGUUGCAUGUUUAUAACCUUUGGGAUAAAGAGAAACACCACCCGUUUGAGGGGAAAUGAGAUCCUUUCAUGUCAUUGAGACAUGAGGUCUUGAAUGUCUCCAACACCCAGUACAGCAGGGUGUUGGAAGAAGCUCUCCUCCUUCUGCACUAGCUCAUGUUCAUCUCUGUCAGCAUCCCACAGGAAAGGGACAUCAGGGACACACACAGGUCUGUAAGGGAUUUCCUGUAGGGAGCAAUGGGGAUGUUGAAAGAGGAGGAGUGCCCUUUUUAGCUGAUGUUUUCUGAUUUUGGCUUGCUGCUCUGCCUCUGCAGCCAGUUAACACCCUGCCUCUGGUGCUGUGUCUGCAGUGGGAAUGGUGCUACAGGGAGGAACUAGUCCAUGGCUGAAAAUCGCCUGGAGGCAGGGGUGUAGGGAUGGCAGCCUGGGAGAGACCCCUGUGCGCUGCGUUCCACGGAUGCUUCCUACGACAGGGACCCUACUAUGGGACAUGGCUUUGGGUAGGCAUGGAUGGAGGCAGCCCAAUUUCUCCUCCGCCCUCAAACCUGGUUCACCUCAUCAUGGGAACAGUUGUCAUUUGCUUCCCCACCUCUCCUGUUGUUCCUCAGGUGCUGGCAUUUCUGGGUUUGGUUUUUUUAAUAGGGAAACAGAAAAGUAGUGUGAACGGGGAGGGUAACAGUCGCAACAGUCACCUCCCCUCCUCCAGUUACAGUCUGAGUGAGAGAGGGACGUGUCCCUGUGCCUUACACAGAGCAUGGACAGCCAGCUCCAGCUGUGGUGCCCCCAAGAUGUGGCAGGGUGACUUCCUGUGCCCAGCAAAUCCAUUCUGGUGUUUCUUGGCUAUCAGUCUCCCGUGUCCCCUUCCAUACCUUGGUGUGCCUCCUUUCUGUCUCAAUAUAGUGUGACAACUGCCAAAAAUCACAAAUCUUCACAAGUUGGAAAAAUCUGUUUUAUCCACAGCUUUUGUAUAAACCUCCUUCUUUAAUGACUGACUGGUAGCUUGAGACCAAGCACGAUUUUCAUUGAAUUGAAACUAUGCUCACUGUUUACCUUCCCUUCCCUCUACACACUUCCUGCCCUUUGUUAGAGCAUGCCUCCAUAUUCAGACCAUGCUGCUAUGGUCCUGGGUCCCAGGAAAGGCAUCCUGGAGAGCCUGCUCAUAGUGCCCUAAAUUUGGGCUGGGGAGGAUGCUCCCCCUGCACUGCUCAGUGGGACAUGGUCUGCUGAAGAUCCCACCACUGCUCUGAUGUGAAGUGUUAAUAUAGGAUGGACAGAGUCAUGGCGUAUGUGGAAAGUGUUCUCGUACUUCUCACCUGGUGUCUUCUACAGCAGGUUUUUAUGCAAAUAGGGAAUUUACAUACCUUGAUAAAAUACAUUUUUUUUGCUGUUUGUAACUGUUUGUGCCUUUGGUUGCUGUUGCACUUUCUAAAGAACUAACACUGCAUCUGCCAAGCACCACCUGCUCCUCCCUGCUCUGCGGACAUGCUGCACAUGGACCCUGUGCCCGCGCUGCCUGUGGAGAGGAGCUCCCACUCCCUGCUGUGCCACCACAGGAGGUGGCCUUUCAGGGACCCUGUGCUGCUGUGGAGCAACACAGCACUGGGCAGAGGGCCAGCAGGGGUCAGGGCAGCCACCUGCAUGCUCCUCUGGGAGUUCCCCUAAUCUUUGAAACACAAGAGAGUGGUUAACGCCUUUUUGUGUUUUUAUGUCCUUCCUUUUUUCCCUUUUUAUGGGCUGGCGCAUAACCAGAUGUAGUCACCAUUUCUUUUUUCCACUCUACUGCCUUAAUGCUUGAGCAUUUGCCUUUUAAAUAAACAGAUGAAUUACCCUCUA